CCUCGCCGCCUCCCGGCACCAUGAUCAAAUCAAACCUUAUUUUCAACAACCAUGGCAAGCCGCGCCUCUCCAAGUUUUACCAGCGCUACAGUGAAGAUACACAGCAGCAAAUUAUCAGAGAAACAUUUCAUUUAGUGUCAAAACGGGAUGAAAAUGUUUGUAACGUCCUAGAAGGGGGAUGUAAAUUAAUAGGUGGAUCUGACAACAAGUUAAUAUACCGACAUUAUGCCACACUUUAUUUUGUCUUCUGUGUUGAUUCUUCAGAAAGUGAACUUGGCAUUUUAGAUCUAAUACAAGUAUUUGUAGAAACAUUAGACAAGUGUUUUGAAAAUGUCUGUGAACUGGACUUAAUUUUCCAUGUGGACAAGGUCCAUAAUAUCCUGGCUGAAAUGGUGAUGGGUGGAAUGGUUUUGGAGACAAAUAUGAAUGAAAUUGUCACCCAGAUUGAUGCUCAAAAUAAACUAGAAAAAUCCGAGGCUGGUUUAGCAGGAGCCCCAGCCCGCGCUGUGUCAGCUGUAAAGAAUAUGAACCUUCCAGAGAUCCCAAGAAAUAUUAAUAUUGGUGACAUCAGUAUAAAAGUGCCAAACCUGCCCUCUUUUAAAUAAAUUGUGCAUUCCAGGUAAAAAUGAGUAGAGGUUGAUCACAGAAAUGUUAAACCAAUGUGGGUUUUCCCCCUCUCAUUUGAAUAAAAGAUCAAGGUACUCUAGAAAUUCAUCAUACAUCUUUGUAUAAUUUAUUGUGUUUUGUUUAGAGAAUUUAAAGAAAGUGAGUCAUUUAUGAUUACAAAGUAACAUUCCUAUAGCCUUCUAAAGUGUAUCACAUCUAAAGCAAGCAUUCAAUUUUCUGGCAAGAUAAUGGGAGAUACUUCUUUGCUUUGUGUGCUAUGUUUUCUGUAUAAAUGAAGUUCUGUAAUUAGUGUAAGAACUUUGAUCACAUUUUUCAUGUUAUUUAAGAUCCUUGUAUGUAUACUGCAUGAUAUCGGUCAACUGUAAUUUUUCUUGCUUUUUAAAUAAAAUGAAUUGGACUU